UUUUUUUCCACAAUGAAAUUAAAGUUCAACCUUUUUAAGCUAAAUUAUUGAAUUUUGAUUUUGUGGGCAUUGGUUUCCUGUUAAUUGAACCUACUAAUUAUCAAUAAAAAAAGUCGAAUGCUAGUGAAAAGGUAGGAAUUGUUCUGGAAUAUGGAAGGUGACUUGAUUGGAAAAGGUUGAAUAUUUAAACGCACAUGGAUGUGAUGAUUUAGGAUUGGAGUAGAUUGUGGUUAAUUGGUGUUGUUGUUGCUCUCGGAUUGAGGAGAUGGCAACCACAUUCUUCUCAAGUGGCUCAGUUUUUGUGGGCUUUCUCAGUGUAGCACCGGUUGAAUUGUUCUGGGGGAAAAUGCAUCCGCCUUUAACCAUAUACAAGCACCCAAUGUGUGCAGAAAUUAUUGAGGCAUUCCAAAAAUGUCAUUCAGACCAUCCUGUUGGAAAAUUCUUUGGUGAAUGUACAGAACUCAAGAUAAAACUUGACCGCUGUUUCAGGCAAGAAGUGAGCUCAAAAGUUGUGAAGCGGAAGAAAAACUUAGAGAAGAGCAGGAAACUGAGGGAAACACUACAAGCUUACAGGAAGGAAACUGCUGAGGGGGGCAAUUAAGAGAACUUCAUGCAAGCUUAACUAUGAAGUUGGAGUUGAAAACCCUGAACCCCCCUUUUUGUGAUUCAAAGAUUUGUUUCCAGCCUUGCCCGUAAAAUAUUACAUGGCACAUUCAUAGACGAGGGGAUAUGUCAAAAUCUCCAACAUUUCAUACUGCGAUCUCUUAAUUGUGUUGAUCCAUUUUCAUUAAGUUUGCUGUAGUAAUAAUUUGUUAACCAAACAGAUCCAUAUAGAAUGAUGCUUUGAAAGGAAACAAAGUUAUAUUUUGAAAUUGCAGUAUUCCCUUCAA